AUGGAUACUCGACUGAAUUCUGUCUUUAGAGGCAACUCCGCGCAGCAGAUCUGCAACAUGUGGAGGCCCUGGACUGGGAACGAAGGCUCGACUGCCCCACCUAAGACUCAAAUCGCGUAUGGACAACUAUCUCACUCAAAAUACUCCAAAACUCCUCCAGUGAUCCACCCUGUGAAGCUGUAUUGGCCCAGAUCGAGGUGCUUCGACUAUCUGUACCAGGACGCAGAGAUGCUGCUGCGCAGCUACCCGGUGCAGGCCACCAUCUGCCCCUACCGGGACUCCAGCAGCGAGGAGGACAGCGACGAUGAGGAGGAGGAGGAGGAGGAGGAGGAGGCGGAGAAGCAGCAGAACUGA